AUGUCGUCCACUUCCGCACCGAAGUCGAGCCUCGCGUCCGACACUACACCCACCCAGGGUGCCAACGAAACCGCGCCAAAGGUGUUUGACAAGGAGGGCGCUAUUGGUCACCAGUUCACAGAGAAGGGUAUGCUUGGUAGUAUGGCGCAGAAGGUGGGUGGCCCUCUCGACAAGGAGGGAAUGAUUGGCAAGCAGUUUACGACUGAGGGUGCUAUGGGCGGCACGGCUCAAAACAUGAUGGGUGGUCAGAAGCCUGCGUGA